AUGAUUCGAUCGCAAGUUGAAAAGGGUGUACUGGAAAGGGUUGAUCCUUCAGAGGUGAACAACCAGACAAAGAAGCAUUACAUUCUACAUCACAGUGUUAUCAAAGCUAAAAGUGCAACAACGAAGUUGAGGAUUGUUUACAAUGCAUCCGCAAAAAUAAAGAAAGGCAACAAGAGCUUGAACAAGUGCUUACACCGAGGACCUGUCAUCAUGGAAGAUUUGUGUGGAUUGCUACUUCGGUUUAGGACAAAGAAGAUUGGAAUAAUCGCAGAUAUCAAGAAAGAUUUUCUACAAAUCGCAAUUCAAGAAAAUGAUCGUGAUGUAAAUCGAUUUCUUUGGUUAAAGGACGUCAAGAAACCGGUUUCUAAUGAUAACUUGGAGACGCAGAGAUUUGUAAGAUUGCCUUUCGGAAUAAUUUCGAGUCUAUUCCUACUGGGUGCUACUAUUCAACAUCAUAUCGCGAACACAGAUGAGCCAGUAGCAGAAGAAAUAAAGGACAGUAUUUACGUUGACAAUAUGAUUUUCGGCACAGACAACGAAAAGGAAGCCAUUGACUGGUACCGAAAUGCAAAGGCCUUAUUUAAAGAUGCAUCGAUGAACUUGAGGGAAUGGUUGACAAACUCAGACGAAGUGAACAAGAAAAUUGAUCCUGAGGACCAAGUCAAAUCAAAGAUAACGAAGGUUCUUGGCUUAGUUUGGAACACAAACACUGAUGAAUUGUCGAUCUCAACAAAAAGAAUCAAUCCAGACAAACCUGGAACAACAAAACGCGAAGUAUUGGCUACAAUAGCGUCGGUAUACUAUCCCUUGGGAAUGCUGACGCCUGGUACGAUCAAAUGA